AUGCGAGCGGAGGCUUUCCGUUACCUAUUGGUUCUCUGCUGUCUGAUCUUGCUGGUCAAAUGCUGGACGAAAGAGGACCACGAAAUAUUCAGGUUACGAGAUGAGGUAGAGGCUUCAGAAGGACCUGGCAUCUCUUUUUACGAUUUCGUUGGCGUCUCGCCGUCAGCAACAUGGGACGACAUCAACAAGGCAUUUCGGAAAAAAUCGAGAUCUAUACACCCCGACAAGGCUCGUCAACAAUUCGUGGCAGCCAAGUCUACUCGACCAGCUAAGAAGGCGGGUGAGAAGAGAACGCCAGGAGUUCAUGUGUCGAAAGGGCCAACGCAGAAAGAAAUUGAUAAAUUCAUGAAAGAGGCAACAGCAAGAUAUAGCCGACUAAGCGUGGUUGCAAAUGUACUUAAAGGCGUGGAAAGAGAACGAUACGAUCACUUUCUUACACAUGGAUUUCCUGCGUGGAAAGGUACAGGAUACUAUUACACGCGUUACCGACCAGGUCUAGGCACGGUCUUGAUUGGGUUGUUUAUUGUCGGAGGUGGUGCAGCUCAUUAUGUUGCCUUGCGUGUCGCUUACAAGAAUCAACGCGCGUUCAUGGAGCGCUACAUCAAGCAGGCCCGAAAGACAGCAUGGGGCAACGAAUCCGGCAUUGCAGGGCUCGCCAAUCUAGGAGCUGGUCCUGUAAAUGUCCCUCCACCACCUGAGCCCGAAGCAGAUCCCUACACGAACCUCAAUCGACGCCAGAAACGUGAGCUCGAUAAGCAGAACAAGAAAGAUAGUAAGAAAGGUGGUACAAGCAAACCGUCCGCUGGUCGUGUCCUAGGCACAGGCGAGCCAAUCGCGGCAACAACACCUCAAGGUCAACGAAAGCAGGUCACAGCUGAAAAUGGAAAGCAGCUGCUCGUCGAUAGUGUUGGCAACGUCUUCCUCCUCGAAGAAGUCGAAGAUCCGGACACUGGUGAAGUCACGACUGAAGAAUUCCUGCUCGAUCUGGACGAGAUUCACGAACCGACCUUCAAAGAUACAGCUAUCGUUCGAUUCCCGACGUGGCUCUUCCGAAAAGCCUUCGACCCGUUCCUCAAAAGCAGCGUCCCAAUUCUGGACGACACAGUGCCACGGACAGAGACAGAGAUUGCAUCGGAGGCUGUGAAGCAGAAGAUUGAUGCACCUCUGACGGCUGGUUCCUCCACACCACUACUCACAAAGGAGGACACACCUGAGAUAGCGUUUCCAAGCAGCAUGAGUGCAAGCCAGGACUUCGAGAUGAUCGAUUCGAGCCUAGUGAGAAAUGAAAUGAGCGGCAAUGGCACUAAGCAGAGGAAGAAGGGAAGGAAAUAA